GUCCUUUUAUUAUUGCACAGAGCUGUGUGCACGAAACACAGGGGAAGGUUAUGAAAGGGGCUGCAAAGAAGUUUCUAGUAAUAACCAGGCAGGAGGUGACUGCAGCCUGAAGGAAUCGGGUUACAGUCCUUGGCAAGCAGCCUUGGAGGGUCUUUUGCCUCCCCUGAUUUUCUUUGUCAGCUGUAUGUUCUGUUUUUGUUGCCUUUUUGGUUCUGUCCUCCUGCUUCCAAACUGACUAAAUCUGUAGUCCCCAAAGCCCGUGGACCUGGGAUCCAUCUCUGAAACCAACUCCCAAAGGUGUGGUGAGGAAGCAAGUGUUGCACUAAUGGCAUGUGAUGCUGCCUAAGAAACAUGGAACAGUUUGGAGAAGCAGAGGGAGAAGAUGCCUUUUAUGGUCCCCAGCAAACCGGAAGCUUCUUCCAAGUACAUAUCCCUCCUCCCACCCUGCAACUCCCCAUGAAUACACACGCAAGAUGUGUAUUCUGUAGUAAGCCUGUCAUUGGCAAAGCUGCCUGCAGCUGGGAACCACACGCUGUAAGACUCUGAGAGCCACUCCUGCCUCUGCAGCAAACAUGAACCUGAAAACAGUUCUCAUCCUCCUGGUGCUGGCUCUUGCUACCAUUUUAGCUUUAGUUUGUGUGCUGCUGACUCGAAGAGAGAAACCAACCAGCUGUGAGUCCCAAACCCAGAGUGGCCAGGAGGACAAGCCCAGGGACCACAGCCUGGUGUUUGCUGAUCUAACUCCAGAAGAAAUGGUGCAAGUGGUGAGGUAUCUGCGGGAAAACCUUGGAGUGCCGCUGGUAGAUGCCUCUCGAGCAAAGCCCUCGGACAACUGCAUUUACUACAUCGACGUGCAGCUCCCCACCAAGGCAGAGGUGCUGCAAUUUUUGGAUCGAGGAGGAGUUCUCCCACCACGGCAGGCACUAGCUGUAGUGUAUUUUGGAAACCAACCAGACCCGAACAUCACAGAGUAUGUGGUGGGACCCCUGCCCAGUCCAAAGACUCAUCGGGACUUCACAAUGCAGAAGUAUGGAGGGAAACUCCCAUUCCACCGCAGGCCAGUGACUGAGAAGGAAUACAAGGACAUUGAUUCCUUCAUCUCUGAGGAGUUCUCCAAAGCAGAAGGAUUUCUUCGAUACUGCUGCGAUUAUGACGGGACCAACCUUGCCGCCCUCACCACCGCCCCCCGAGGGUUCCAGUCUGGAGACCGUGCGACUUGGUUUGUUCUGUUCCAGGAUGUGUAUGGUAGUGGCUUGUACGUGCACCCGGUGGGGCUGGAGGUACUGGUGAACCACAGCAGCCUGGACAUGUCCCAGUGGAGGGUGAGCAAAGUGUUCUAUAACGGGCAGUACUAUGGGGACAUGGCCCAGCUGCAGAGGGAGUUCGAGCAGGGCCACGUGAGUGUUGUAAAGGUUAGAAAGGUUUCCCCUGAGGAGGAGUUUGGGUCCAUGAAGCCUAGAGCAGGCCCUGGAGCACCAGGCCCUUUUCAAUAUGAGCCUCGUGGGCCACGCUACAGCAUCCAAGGUAACCACGUUGUAUUCCAAGCCUGGAGCUUUGCCUUUGGUGUGGAUGUGAAUGCAGGGCCACGACUGUUCGACAUCAGAUUCAAAGGAGACAGGAUUGUCUAUGAGCUGAGUCUCCAGGAAGCCCUUGCACUCUAUGGCUCCAACUGUCCUGGGGGGAUGGUGACUAGGUACAUGGAUGGCAGUUUUGGUAUUGGGAAGUUUACUUAUGAGCUGGUCCGGGGAGUUGAUUGCCCCUACACAGCCACUUAUUUGGACAGGCACUACUUAAUUGAAUCAGAGACCCCCAGAGCCAAUAAAAACUCCCUAUGUAUUUUUGAGCACGAUACUGCCAUUCCUCUGAGACGCCAUUACUCCAAUUUCCAGUCCCUGUAUUAUGGGGGGCUGACUAAAGUGGCUUUGGUCUUCAGGUCCAUUUCAACGCUCAUAAACUACGACUACGCUUGGGACUUUAUCUUCUACCAGAAUGGAGCAAUUGAAGUCAAAGUCCACGCCACUGGCUACAUCAGCUCGUCCUUUCUGUACAACACAGGCAUAGACUAUGGUAACCAAGUGGGGGAGCAUACCCUUGGCACAAUGCACAACCAUCUCAUAAAUUACAAAGUGGACUUGGAUGUUGCAGGGCUUAAGAAUUCUCUGGUGACCCAGGAUAUGGUAUUUGAGUCGGUGCAGGCUCCCUGGAGCCCCCAACACCAGAUACAGUGUCCACGGCUCACCAAGAAAGUCUUAGAGAAAGAGAACCAGGCUGCGUUCCCACUUCACUCCAACAUCCCCAGAUAUCUCCAUUUUGCCAGCAACCAAGAAAACAGGUGGAACCACCAGCGGAGCUAUCGGAUUCAGUUGGUUAGCUUUGCCGGGGACCAUCUGCCAGAAGUGAGCUCCAUGGAAAGGUCUAUCAGCUGGGCAAGGUACAAACUGGCUGUCACCAAGCGGAAGGAAGACGAGCCAAGAAGCACCAGCAUCUACAACCAGAAUGACCCUUGGAAGCCCACUGUGGCUUUUGCAGAUUUUGUGGACAAUGAAACCAUCACAAAUGAGGAUCUGGUUGCCUGGGUUUCUGUUGGUUUCCUGCAUGUCCCACAUGCUGAGGAUAUCCCCAACACAGUGACCGUGGGGAAUGGAGUUGGCUUUCUUCUGAGACCCUACAACUAUUUUGAUGAAGAUCCCUCACGUGACUCAUCUGACAGUGUCUACUUCAGGGCUGACCAGGACCCAAGCAAGUGUGAAGUCAAUCAUGUGGCCUGUCUGUCAAAAACUGCCUCAUGUUCACCAGCCCUGCCCCCAUUCACCUAUAGCGGCUUCCAGAACCUGAGCAGUGUCUGAGCCACAGUCUGCAGGGACUCCCUUGAUGCACACUGGUGACUGUUCACAAGGCAUCUGUGCUCAUGUUUCCAUUGUAAGCAGCAUAAGGGCAUGUAAUAACCCUUGGGUUCACUGAUGCCUGUUGAUUUGUAUGAAGUUUAUACUUAGCGGAUGAAGUAUACAGCUUGCAAAAGCUUCAAUGAGAGAGGGUUUAUGCAUACUCUUUCUCUCUUUCCCCCCCACUGUUUCUCAAAGAUAAAUUGGCUUAUUUUGUUGCUUGACUGAAAUCAA